AUGGGGGAGGGGGGUUCAUUGCACCGGACAUGGCCAAUUAACAGGACACGACAUUUAACUACUAUUAAAGACAUCCUCUUUCAGACCCAGCACUGGACAGUAGUUGCUGUGGAUCCACUGGAGGGAGAGAAGACAAAUACCAGACACGUCUUGGCCACUGUGGAGCGCCCCUUCCAGAAACUCGAUUGGACCACUAAUGAAGCAAUCUGGAUUGAUCAGUGGCCGCUCCAAAAAGACAAAUUGAAGGCGCUCAACGAGCUCGUGGAGGAGCAACUAGUAAAGGGUAACAUUGUAGAGACCACCAGCCCUUGGAAUUCCCCGGUGUUUGUCAUUCGGAAACCGGGGAAAGACAAGUGGCGACUCCUCCACAACCUUCGUGCGAUUAAUAAAAUCAUUGUUGACAUGGGGCCCCUUCAACCAGGGAUGCCUACCCCAACUAUGCUCCCCCGAGAUUGGAAUUUGGCCAUAAUUUAUAUAAAAGAUUGUUUUUUUCAAAUUCCCCUACACCCUGAUGAUGCCCCACGGUUUGCCUUCUUGGUACCCACCCUUAACCGAGAAGCCCCAGUGAGGAGAUUCCACUGGCGAGUGUUGCCACAAGGCAUGAAAAAUUCACCCACGAUCUGCCAGUGGUACGUCUCCUCGUUGCUGUCUCCCGUGCACAAAGAGAUGGGGGAGGUCAUCAUCCACCAUUACAUGGAUGAUGUCCUAGUGUGUGCCCCCCAUGACGAUCUACUUACACGAUCUCUUGACCGAGUGGUUAAAGUUUUAACAUCUGCAGGCUUUCAACUCCAGGAGGAUAAAGUUCAAAGGAUGCCGCCCUGGAAGUAUCUGGGUCUGCGGAUUGCUGAGAGGACCGUUGUGCCUCAAAAAUUGGCAAUAAACAGCAAUCCGAAAACCUUAGCAGACCUCCACUCACUGUGUGGGACAUUGAACUGGGUCAGGCCUUGGCUAGGCCUCACUGCGGAAGACCUAGCCCCCCUCUUCAUACUUUUGAAGGGGGAGAAGGAACUGAGUUCUCCCAGGACCCUGACCCCAGAAGCAAGGAAAGCCCUGGAGAAAGUGCAAGAUGCCCUUGUAGAGAGACAAGCGCAUCGGUAUGAACCAGCCCUGCCAUUUGAAUUUAUAGUGCUAGGGAGAAUGCCACACCUCUGUGGGUUGAUUUUUCAAUGGGACCGAGGCUCCAAGGAUCCCCUCUUGAUCAUAGAGUGGGUUUUCUUGAGCCACCAAAGGUCCAAGAGUGUCACCCGGCCACAGGAACUGAUGGCUCAGCUUAUCGGGAGAGCUCGAGCUCGGCUUCGGGAGAUGGCCGGGUGUGACUUCGCAUGUGUUCGGGUACCGGUUAGCUUGUCUCGGGACAAAGCGUCCCCAGAUAAGCUGACAAAGGAAAUGUUUGAUCAGUUGCUUCGAGAGAAUGAGACCCUCCAGAUUGCUUUAGAUAGUUAUGAGGGACAAGUUUCGGUCCACGCCCCUGCCCAUAAAUUCUUCAAUUCAAAAUUUGAUGUGAUUCCAAAAGAAUUGCGGAGCAGGAAGCCCCUCAAAGCCUUGACCGUGUUCACUGAUGCAUCCAGGGCAUCUCACAAGUCGGUAGUAACUUGGCGAGAUCCCAAAACUCAGCAGUGGGAAACAGAUAUUAAAUAUGUGGAGGGAUCUCCACAAGUCGCUGAGUUGGAUGCAGUCAUCAGGGCCUUUGAGAGGUUCUCUGAACCUUUCAAUUUGGUCACAGAUUCGGCAUAUGUAGCAGGGGUAGUUGCAAGGGCUGAACAUGCAGCCCUAAAGGAGGUCUCAAAUCUGAAGUUGUUUGAGUUGCUUUCUAAACUAAUCUACACUGUUUCCUACAGAAAGCAACCCUUUUUCGUAAUGCAUGUGAGGUCACACACGGAUCUCCCCGGCCCGGUAGCCGAGGGAAAUCAAAUGGCUGAUUCCCUCGCUGCCCUAGUUUCAAUGGCUCAGCUCCCUGAUUUAUUCCAACAAGCCAAGCUGAGCCACCAGAUGUUCCAUCAGAAUGUGCCUGGUCUGAUUCGCCAAUUCCACCUGCGGUGGGAUCAAGCCAGAGCCAUUGUGGCCACAUGCCCACAUUGCCAAACCACCUCCAUGCCCUCCCUGGGGUCAGGAGCUAAUCCUCGAGGCCUAGGGAGUUGUGAGGUGUGGCAAAUGGAUGUGACCCAUGUUCCCGAAUUUGGCAGGUUGCGGUUCGUACACUUGUCCAUAGAUACUUUCUCGGGUGCCGUCUUUGCUUCUGCCCACACAGGGGAGAAAGCCGAGCAUGUCUGCAAACACCUCAUGCAGGCUUUCUCUGUGCUGGGGGUCCCCAAGGAGCUUAAAACUGAUAAUGGCCCAGCAUACACCUCCAGGAAACUGGAGGGAUUCCUGCAAGAGUGGGGAGUUGAACACAAGAGAGGCAUCCCACACUCCCCCACCGGCCAAGCGAUUGUGGAGCGAGCCCACCAGUCACUCAAACGUGUCCUGAAACAUCAGUGGGAAACAAUGAAAGGUUACACCCCUCAAGAUCGGUUAUGUAAAGCGCUAUUUACCAUCAAUUUUUUAAAUUGUAGUGACAGUGACCCCAACCCUCCAGUGGCUCGACAUUUUCAAUCCACCAGCAACUACAAGCUUCAACAUCACCCUCCAGUGCUGGUACGAGACCCAGAGACCCAAAAGGUCCUGGGUCCGUUCGAUCUGGUGACCUGGGGGCCACCAGACGAACAAGAGGAUGGCAUCGUGUCCAUGCAGGCCACCCCCGUGACCCCUGAGGGAGAAGAAGAGGAGGAAAACCUCGAGCCCCCCAUCCCUAUUGAUGUAUUACUUUCCUAUUAUGUUAAGUAA